UGCAGGACAGCUGUGAGUGGUGGUGCUGGGAGUGCGGAGAGACAUGCGAUCCCUCAGUGCUGUCCUCUUACUGUGCUGCCUCCUGCCCUGGAGAUCCCACCUGCUGGACCCCGGAUCAGCUGCCCAUGGCUGCUUCUGCCAGGUGACCGGCCACCUGGAUGAUUGUACCUGUGAUGUGGAAACAAUUGACAAUUUUAAUAAUUACAAGCUGUUUCCUAAGCUACAAAAACUAUUGGAAAGUGACUACUUUCGCUACUACAAGGUGAAUCUCAAUAAACCUUGCCCGUUUUGGGAUGACAGCAGCCACUGUGGAUUACGAGAUUGUGCUGUACAGCCUUGUCCAACCGAGGAAGUCCCGUACGGCAUCAAAGCUCCUGGUUAUAAGUACACAGAGAAUGCAAAUCGUGAAUUUGAAGACCUUGAUGAAUGUGAGAAGGAAAAAAGGCUCGGAGCUGUAGAUGUAUCUUUAAGUGAAGCCGCGCAGGAAGCUUUACAACAGUGGAACAAACAUGAUGAUUCUUCCGACAACUUCUGUGACUUGGAUGAUGAAGAGUCUCCAGAUGCAGAAUACGUGGACCUCCUUAUUAAUCCUGAGCGUUUCACUGGCUACAAAGGAUCUGAUGCCUGCAAAAUCUGGAAUAGUAUAUAUGAAGAAAAUUGUUUCAAGCCAAAAGCAGUUAAACUUCCACUGAGUUCGCUGCCACUGGGAAGAGGAGACGGUGAAGAAAAUCUAUUUAAUAACUGGCUUGAAGGUCUUUGCUUUGAGAAAAGGGCGUUCUACAGACUUAUUUCUGGAUUGCAUACGAGCAUUAAUAUUCACCUCAGUGCAAGAUAUCUCUUACAAGACACUUGGAUAGAUAAGAUCUGGGGCCACAAUGUGUCUGAAUUUCGGAAACGCUUUGAUGCCGUCCUUACACAGGGAGAAGGGCCAAGGAGACUGAAGAACCUGUACUUUAUUUAUCUGAUCGAGCUGCGGGCCGUUUCCAAGGUCCUCCCGUAUUUUGAACGCGACGGUUUCUUGCUGUAUACAGGAAAUGAAACCAAAGAUGCGGAAAACAAAGAACUUCUGAUAGACAUUCUGCGUGAUGCUAAGUCUUUUCCUUUACACUUUGAUGAAAACUCCCUGUUUGCCGGUGGUAAGGAAGAAGCUGACCAGUUAAAGGCAGAAUUUAGAGAUCACUUUAGAAACAUUUCGAGGAUAAUGGACUGUGUUGGCUGCUUUAAAUGUCGCCUGUGGGGGAAGUUGCAGACUCAAGGAUUGGGUACUGCCCUCAAAAUACUGUUCUCAGAGAAACAAAUAGAAAGCAUACCUCAGAGUGGGCCAUCUCAUGGAUUUCAUCUUAAACGUCAAGAAAUUGUAGCAUUAUUUAAUGCUUUUGGACGGAUAUCUACAAGUGUUAAAGAACUGCUCAACUUUCGAAAUCUGAUGCAGAAAAUGUGAAGAGGUGACCGGAACAGGAUCUGUUUUUUUGCACUAGUCAAAGAUUACACAGAAUUGAAGCCACUUCAGUGAAAAUCUGGUGUAAUCAAGGCUGUUCCCUGUGAAUGUGGUCCCCAAUCGGAGGACUUUGCUGUUAAUAAUGUAAAAUACAUGUUUAAGCUUUUCCUGGCUGUGUUAAUCGGUAUAUUUUUAAUUCUGCCAGUCAGAAAGAACUUGCUUCGUGUUUCACCUCCUGAAAUUCUCAUAGCCAACUCCACCUUUUGGCCAGUGCUGUUUCAUGUAUAAAUUUUCAGGUUUCUGUGCCAUCUGACCAAGUACCUCUGUGGGCAGAAUUAUAAAAGUACCCAAAUCUGUUUUAACUAGUACAGCCGCACCUGCUCAUAGGGAAGGUAUAUACCCUUUACUACUGCUGGAGGAGGAGAUUCCUUGAACCCUCAGCAUUUAUUAUGUGUGUUCCUAAUGAUGGAGAUCUUGUACAUUAAAGUAUAUUUUUGAACUUUA